AUGAAGUUCAAUAAAGGUGGACCUCAGGCAGUGAGAUUUGAACUUCUACAGCUACUACCGGAGAUCAGGAGACUGGCAUACCACCAUUACUUUUCCAAUGACAACGAUAUGUCUCGGAUAUCAACUAAAUACCAGCCGUCAACAAGUGUGGUUGUGGAAAAGGAUGAGUUUGUGAACGGCAGUCAGAUGACAACGACGUCCCGUACAGCUACAGCGGCGGGUUUAGUAUCCAAUAUCAACGCAAUACCACUUCUUUCAUGUUCAUCUCAAAUCUAUCAUGAAGCAAUUGAUGUCCUGUAUGGUGAUGCUCCGUUUUACUUUGACGAUAUGGGCGCCCUGUAA